AUGGAGCGCUCGAGCAAGAUGGAGUUCUUCCAGAAGCUGGGCUACGGCCGGGAGGACGUGGUCCGGGUACUGGGCAAGCUGGGUGAGGACGCCCUGGUCAACGACGUGCUGCAGGAGCUGAUCCAGACGGGCAGCCGGCCCAGCGCCCACGAGGGCAGCGCCGCACCCCUGCUCGUUCCCAGGGGCUCCUGUGGGAACCCCGACUCUGCCCAGCGCGGUCUGGGGGCGGACCCGGAAGAAGACAGAGGAAGCCCAGCCAGUUCCUUGCGACCCAUAGUAAUCGACGGCAGCAACGUGGCAAUGAGUCAUGGAAAUAAAGAAGCCUUCUCUUGCCGGGGAAUCCAGCUGGCUGUGGACUGGUUCAGGGACAGAGGACACACCUACAUCAAAGUUUUUGUCCCCUCCUGGAGGAAAGAACCACCAAGAUCUGAUACCCCGAUUAGAGAGCAGCACGUGCUGGAGGAGCUGGAGAGGCAGGCGGUGCUGGUGUACACGCCGUCCCGCAAGGUCAGCGGCAAGCGCGUGGUCUGCUACGACGACCGCUACAUCGUGAAGGUGGCCUACGAGCAGGACGGGGUCAUCGUCUCCAACGACAACUACCGCGACCUGCAGAGCGAGAACCCCGAGUGGAAGUGGUUCAUCGAGCAGAGGCUGCUCAUGUUCUCCUUCGUCAAUGACCGGUUCAUGCCUCCUGAUGACCCCCUGGGCCGUCGGGGACCCACCCUGAGCAACUUCCUGAGCAGGAAGCCAAAGCCUCCAGAGCCGUCCUGGCAACACUGCCCCUACGGCAAGAAAUGCACCUACGGCAUCAAGUGCAAGUUCUACCACCCGGAGAGGCCGCACCACGCGCAGCUGGCUGUGGCCGAUGAGCUCCGCGCUCAAACGCUGGCCUGGCGGGGCGCGGGCGGCGAGGAGGCGCAGCGGGGGAGCGCGCGGGCGGCCGACGUGGCGACUCUCGGUGUCGGCUUCUCGAGGCUCGUCCUCAGCGACGACCCGGGACCCCUCCGCGCGCCCCCUCGGGGCCCCGGCAGCGGCCGCGCGCCCAGGCCGCCCUGUCCCGACUGGGUGGCGCCCGGGCCCGCGCCGUCCCCGCCAGCGCCGCCGGGCCUACGGGGUGGGUACCGCCCCGGCGCCCCGCAGAGCGACCGGCGCCCCCCGCCCCGGCAGCCCGCCGACCCGUGGGCCCUUCCUCCAGGGGCCGGCUGGCUCCCGGGCCGCUCGGCCUGGGUGGGGUCGCGUUGGGAUGAAGACGCCCUCGGGGGGGCUUUGGGGUCCGUGCCCCAGGCCGCCGCCCCCGAGGUGGACUCGCGCGCCAGGGCGCGCAGCGUGCUCUGCAGCACCUUCCCGCCCCACCAGGUGGACAGCGUCAUGGCCCUGUUCCCCGAGCUCUCUGACAUCGCCAGGCUCAUCCUCCUCAUCCAGAGAUUCCAAAGGUCCGGUGCGCCCGUGGGGAAGUCCUGA